GUCAAUGUAACCUUUGUCUAUGCAUAUCCGGUUUCUGUGAAAGAGAUUAUUAUUAUUUUUCUUUAAUCAACCAUUAUUUUUGAGCUCUCAAACAUCCCCCCUUUUCCCUUCUCUCUAGGAACUGCUUGUACAAACUAUGUUACAGAGACUCCAGACUCGGAUUCAGCAUAUCAUCAGUGAAUAUGAAAUUAUUGAAUUUGUGUGUUCUCAGGAGGCUGUUCUUUUCAGUGCUGUGUCUGCCCAGGUCCUGAUCCCAAAAGCCAUUGUAGAUGCACUUACAGAGCUGCACAAGUUGGUUGUUGAAGAGAGAGACAAUCAGGUCCCCAUAAUAUUUGUGCAGGAGAAUGAGAGAGUUUGGCUUUUCUGUCAGCGCACGCUAUAGCACCUGUUCAAACAUGGAGUUGGACCGUUUGAUCACUGAAAUAAAAAAAGAAAUGCCUCAUGCUGGGUACCGCUUAGUUAAAGGAAGCUUGAAGGCCCGAGGAUUCAGAAUGCAGUGGGAGAGGGUGCGGGCCUCUAUGCACCGCAUGGACACUGUUCGCAUGCUAUGUCGGUUGAACCAGUUAGGGUGUGUUGUGCGUCGCACCUACUCAGUUCCUGGCCCCAAAGCUCUGGUCCAUGUUGACACCAAUCACAAACUAAUACAGUAUGUUUGGAUUUGAUGCAAUAUAAAUGAAAGAUAUUUCAUUUAUAUUUUUUUGCUGGCUGUACUAUAAUGAUGUCUUUGGUCUAACCAGGUACAACAUUGUCAUUUUUAGUGCUGUGGAUGGCUUCUCAAGAAAGGUGCAAUUCAUGUGACAUAAAAAACAUUUAAGAGGACUGUUGACAAAAAAAAAAAAAAAUUACACCUUGUUAAUGUUUUCUAUAGAUCAUGUACCUGGGUGCAGCAAACAACAAUCGGUCCUCAACAGCACUGGCAUUCUUCCAGCAGUCAGUGGAAAGACAUGGAUUCCCAUCGAGAAUUGAACGACUCUGGAGAGACGUGUGGUGUGCUGUGACCAGCGUCUACUAUAGUGUGCUGCACUCGCUAGAGGAGGAUGGUUUUCUUGAACUAUCAAACAUUGCACACCUUUUCAGCUGUCAUUAUGCAUUUCUGCCAAGACUACAAGCGAGUCUUGAUACCUUCAGCAGUGGAUGGGACAACCACCCACUCAGAACUGAGGGUAACCUGACACCCAAUCAGCUGUGGGAGAUGGGGAGCAUUCAAGAUGCCAUGGAAGAACCAGAAAAUGCAGAGGGAUUGUACUUACCACAUUUGGACUGGGAGGACAGUGGCCUGCUGGAUGAGCCACACCAUGGGGUCACUGUUCCAGAUACCGGCAACAUACUGAGUGCUGAACAAAUGGCUGCACUAAGGGCAGCCAUAAAUCCUCUGAGACAAUCACAAUCACAUGGUGCAGACAUCUACUUAGCUACGGUCCAGUAUGUGCAGUACUUAUUAGGGUUACAGUAAGACUGUUGGUGAUGUUUGGACUGUAGGGUGUGGCGGAAUCAUGGUUGAAAGUUUUUUGGGGUUUUUUGGCUUAUGUUUAUUUGUCAUUGCGCUUGUUGUGUAUAAUUGCUUCAAAAAAACCUGUAAAUAAAAGGACAAUGAAGAUGAUGGUUCUGCUUCAUCCCUCCUACACACUGAUGCCUCAGUUAAGAUCAUUCAGGUGAGCAGACCGCUUUUUUCAUAUUCAAGGGCCUGAUACCAAGUAAAAGGGGUUGUCACCAUUGUUGAUGGACAGUUUCAAUUUCCUUGUUUUAUUCAGUAACAAUGAAGGCCUCUUAUCUUUAUCGUCUGUCCAAUCAGCUGGUGAGGAAACAAAGGCAAAAUUGAUGUCAAAGAGUUUAACAAUGUUCAGAUGAUGUAUGAUGUGUAAGUUUUUCUGUGAAAGGUGCUUUAUGUAUAAAUUUAUUACCACUGCUUUAUGUGUAAUACA